UUGUUCGUUUGCUAGCUAACUAGCCAACCAUUUGACGCUGCUGGAUGCUGCUCCGCUUCGGCAGAGUGGUUGUGUGUUGAUGGUGGACCCGAUCCCCGGGUAAAAAAAAGCACCGAAGCUGUGCCCUGGAAAAGAAAAUGCCUCACAGCGGCGUGUGAGCUGACGGGAGACCCGCCUGGAGGAACCCCGGAGCGGGGAGAGAGAGAGAUAGAUCCAGGUCUCCGUCCGGACGCCGGGGUGUUUUUUUGUUUUUUUUAAGAGGAAAAAUAGCAGCAGGAUGUUGCAAGUUUUAGCUUGUGGCGCUGUAGUUUUCCCCGGUCUUUUCCUCGCCUUCAGGAGAAUCCUGCCGAGUGUGUUUAAACACUGGAACGAUGCCGACGUGGUUCUAGUCAGCGAAAGGCUGGUGUCCUCCAUCCAUGCUCUUAUGGCAACCACAGCAGGAGUCAUCAUCGUUUCAUCGUGCAGAGGAGACGUUAUUUAUGACAAGCACUGGUUGGCCACCUACUUUGUCAUCUGGUACGGCGUCCCCUACAUGACGUACGACAUCUUCGCCAUGUACCUCAGUCACUACUACCGGUACCGGGUCAAAGGGCACGAGGACUACAAGCAGCACUCCCUGAGGACCGUCGACUCCUUCAUCCGAAGAGAGUUCCUGCUGGUGCUGCACCACAUCGCCCUGCUCACCAUCCUGCUGCCUAUCACACUGUUCUUCAGAAAGGACCAGGGGGAUUUCUUUAUCGGCUGCUUGUUCAUGACUGAGCUCAGCACGCCCUUCGUCUCCCUGGGGAAGAUUCUCAUUCAGAUCGGGCUCCAGGACGGCUGGCUGCACAAGGCCAACGGAGGUAUGGUUCUGCUCACCUUCUUCAUGUGCCGCAUUGCCCUCUUCCCCUUCAUGUACUGGAUGUACGGCCGCCACUACGGCAUCCCGCUCUACAGCGUGCCCUUCCACCUGCCGCUCUCCGCCAACCUGGGCAACUCCUGCAUCCUGGCGCCACAGGUCUACUGGUUCGUGUUGCUUUGCAGGAAGGGCUACCGUCUUUACCAGCGGAGCCGCGGGCCGCAGUCGUCCCCCGCUGYGUCCCCCACCGCCUCCCCCUCUAAAGAUGAUUGAUGUCCGUUUCGCAGCUGCUACCUGAAGCUGCACGUUCAGUUACUAAAUCAACAAAUCCUGGGGCAUUUUUUCCGUAGACUUUAACUCCUCUGUUACAAAUCUGCUGCCUAAGUGGACCUCUCCGCCUCCGAUUUAUCGCUACUACUGAACUUUACUUUUUAUUUUCAUUUUGGAUUCAACUCCAGCCUGGAUGGAGUUAAAGCGUUUCACACCCGCAGCUCUGAAGGACGGCCCGAGUGAAGCGAGAGCUAUCUGUGGAGAGGUUUGGUUUGUUACAGUGAGCGGCUGUUUCAGCACGUUCUGGUYACAGUUUUGUUUUUGUUUUUUCUGUCUUCAGUUCGUUCAUUAAAGAAGGAUUCAUAGCUGAGGUGGAUGGAGAAGCUCGUUCAGGCAGUAUUAGCAGGAAAAAAUAACGGUGAAUAAAAAUACCUCACCUCCUCCACUCCUAAGAGCUAAAAACUGGCGUUAUGAACAUUUAAUGUGACUUUUUUGUUUUCCGUUCACAAAUCUCCAUCAACUCAAAUAUCAAAGUUUUAUUUUGAGUCCUUUUUCCCUCGUAGAUUAAAAUUUUUUAACUCUGAAGGUCUGACUAAACGUAUCCAAAAAACAACCAAGUGGAUUAAGUUCUCUAUUUAAAUCACUGCUGUUUGUUAAUGUGAAUUUUAUUUUGAAGACAUAAUCUCUGCUUAGAUUACACUGGACCAUAUCAGCUGACUGUGAGGGCCAAUUUAGGGCAGCUUGGGAUUAAAGAAUUGUUACAUUACUGAUAGCCAGAUUAGAGUCAGAGCUUUAAGAUGAGCCGGGGUUCAUCGAGGCAGACUUAAGAAAAAUAAAAUGAAAAAUCCAGAUAUUUAGAGAGAAAAACUGUUACAAAGUUUGAUUUGUGACCAACUUUACUUUAUUUUCACUUCAWCAUCUUACUUCUGCAUCUGCUGUCAAACUGAGCAUCUAGUUUUUUAGAGUUUAAGUUUAUGUUUAAAAAGAAACGUAUUUUUAAAGUCAGAUGGACUUUAUAUCUGGACCACAAAGGACCAUUAAUGUAAAUAUUAAGUUGAUGAUGAAAACUUAUCAAAAAAAGAAUUUAUGAAAAGAUAAUCACUACGUUGCAUUUCACUUUUAGGUAUCUUAUAAAUGUAUAUAAAAAAACUAUUAGUUUCUUACAUGAUCUGGUGUUAUUUCAGCUAUUUAGGGGUGCCAACACAUAAAGAACUAUUUUGGUAAAAAUGUCAGAUUAAAAAACAAAACAUUCGACUUGAUGUGGAACAGACUGUUAGGUUUGUAAAAACUGAGAAAAAUCAUAAAUAUCAAUAAAGAUCAAUAAAGCUCUAUAGCUCGAUCCGACGUUAAGUUUAAACAAACCAUAAAAAUACUGGACGUUAUGAAUCUGAAACAGGUUUUAAGAUCGUUUUUCAUCUUCUCCCCCCCAAAGUGUUUCAGUGCAGCUGGAUUUAUAAUCGACAGUUUAAGAAACCUGAUCUCAAAGAGAGGUUCUAUUUAAAUAUUUAUUUAUAAAUAUCACCUGACCAAGAGGUCUGCAGCACACUUGUAAACUAACCAAAACAAUUCCCUAUAAAGGAAACAGUAUUAUACCACCUAAAUGGUUGAAGUUAAAGUGCACGGCGAAGCAUAAUGAUCAUUUUAACAGUGACUAAAACACUGUGGAUAAUAAAAUACAAGCAAUAAAAAUAAAAGAAAUAGUUAAAAUACAAUGAAUGAACACGUAGUUGUUAAAAUCAAAGAUCUUUAAAUUUUACUCUCCAAGAGAAACACCAUCACCCAACUCCUGGAAGCCACACCCCUCACUCUGCAGCGAGCCUUUAGCCCCKCCUCCCGUCAAGCAGCAGCCACACAACAUGUUUUCCUCUGUCCAGGAGAGAUUAUUGGUUUCUGUGAAUGUUGAGACCCCAAAAGUUAAUGUUAGCUCGCAGCAUCUAAUGCUAACGAUAUGACCACCCUUUAUGAGACAGCGUUAACCACACCCACUCCUGAUUUCUUGGCCAAUCACAAAAUCUUUCACAUAUACGCCACUAUUAAAAAAAAACAUGUUCUGCCCAGACUUCGUAUAGAGAACGUCUCAGAGCAUUUUCACAAUCGAUUCUCGCUCAGAAUAAUCCAGAUUUACGGUUUUCUCCCUGAUCUCCCAGAACACACAGAGCCCCGCCCACCUGGUUUAGUUCUUCGAAACAGGAAGUGAAGUUUUCCUUAAACAUUUUAAUCUCUGUUUUCUUUAUGUUUCUUGCAGGCGUUCGUCUCGUUUCCCAUUUUUACGGAUGUGUUGGAGUUGUGAAGCACUUAAACUCGUUUUUCUGACAUUUUCUGGCAUUUAUUGUAGAUUUUGUUGGAUGUAAAGUAUUAAACAUCGUUACGUGUCCAGUUCAUUCAGUCGGACGCAGCACUAACAUCAGGUCAAGAAGGUGAUCCACACCUCGUUUUAUUUUUUUAGUCUUUUAGGGAAUAUUUGUUAGUUUUUUUUUGUUUGUUUUGUUUUCUCCUACACUACAUUUCAUCUCACAGUUCAUUCCUAAUUAUAGCAAAAUGCUUUAAUAUAAUUUCAGAAAUCUUGUAAUGUUGUAAAAUAUGAAUAUUUUGAUAUAUUUUAAAAUGUAUGAAGUGAAAGUUUGAUGAAACAAUAAUAAAAUAUAAGUUUAGCAUCCUAAUUCCUAAAACAAUAAUUCAGAUAAUUAAAAAACUGGAGCCUUUAUUUAUAUUCUCACCUGGUUUCUGUGGUCCUUAAAGCUUUUAUUUGUUCUUACAGAUCAACUAUAAAACCUUAAACAUUAGUUUAAAAUAUUCACAUUUAAUUAGUGGACAUUUUGCAACACUAAGUUCGCAUAAGCUACUAAAUCCUGCAGAGCUGUAGCAGCUGAGCUGAGUCAUUUUGUGUUUUUCUGAUGGGAUCAAAGCAACAGGUCAUUAAAAAAACCAACUUAAAUACUUCGUCUUACGGGUCAGAUUCUACAGUUUAAACUCGUAAAAGGCGCUGAGUCAGCUUGUCGGAGGAUCGGGGGCAAACAAGAACCCUGCGGCUCGUUUGUCCGUUUCUGGCUGCAGUCCAUGGGGGRAGUUCAGACCCCCCUGUUUUUGUCCAUGGCUGAUCACACCACCGUUACUGGAAACGACCCAAACUCCAUGUUUUGUUUGCUGGUUUCCCUUCUCUUUCUUUCUUUAACGUCUGCAGUUUGGCUUCGUUUUAGUUUCACUGAACGUYAGAAACCCGCAGGUCGCUCCGGCCUCGUCAGUCUGAGCUCCGGCCAGCUCGUUUGGGUCGAUGGGUUCUGAAGACACACAGUUUCUGCAGAGGAAGCAGCUCUGCUUCCAUCCAGCUUUCAGCAGAAUUAUAACUUUAAACUGAACUUUUUUUAACAUAUGAAUAUUAUAUAAUGAGAUCGGCUAUUUUAACUAGUUUUAAAUCUUUAAUUUCAAUUAUAGAAACAAAAAAAGUCUUAAAUCAGCUCAACUUAUCUUUAGUUAAGGAAAAUAAAUAUAACAUUCCUCUCAUCGACCCAAACAUCUGUUUUUUAUUUCAUGUUUUGUUUUGUUUUUUUCACCGUCACUUCUUUAUUAUACAGUAUUUGUGAAGGAGUAUGUCUGCUAUUAAAAUAAGUCUUCCUCCUGCCUGAAAGUCCAGCUCUUACAAUUUUUUAUUUACAGGUCGUCUUCUCAGCCUGAGUUGGAAUAUUUGAUGAAGCACUCAAAACUUCUGCGCCAGCCGACAAAAAUAAAGCCAUUUCCUGUGCUUACUUUAAAAUAUACUUACAGGAAAACUGCGACAAACGAGCCUUCAGCUUAUCUGUGAAUCAAAAUACUUUUCCGGUGAUUUAUUUUAAAAAACACUCGGACCUGGCUGAAGCUUCAGGUCAGGUUUUCCAUGCUACAGUAAAAUUAUAACUUAAAAAGUUAAACCCAGUAUGGCUGCCUCGUGAAUAAAAAGCAGUUCUAACAGCGUUAAUAAAACCAGUUUGAGUUUUAUUAAGUCAGCUGACUGCUUCAAACUCUACACCCAGUCAAACACUAAUCUUUGGGCAUUUUGUUCCACUUCAAAAUGUGAAAAUAGACAUGACGCUGAAGCAUAAAUCACCUUUAAACACGUAUAAAACACUCUUAUCAUAUCAGGGUUUACGCUACGAGUGAGGCGUCAAAAACAGGUUUCUUCAUCAUCUGUUCUGCUUCCUGUUUUCUCACAUGACUGCUCAGGGUUGUCUGGUUCUGAUCGGGUCAGGGUUGAAGCGUGAGACGUGAGGUUGAAGGGUUCAUCUUUGAGUUGCGCGGCUGCGUUUUGUUCCACGGAUUCUGGACGUGCUUCAUUUCAAGCACAGAGAAACAAAAAAUUAACAAUGAACUGUUGCUGGGACUAAUUUUGACCUGUGGACAGAACCAAACUUGGUCUCCAGUGCCUUGAGAAAAAAACGAUUUCAGCAGAACUAACAUCGGCAGGCAGUGUUUACAGGUUGUGGCUGUAUUUAUAAUUCAAAUGUAAAAUUAAGGAAGAAAUCAUAAGAAUCACAGUUUGUUUUAAUUAGCUGAAUCAAACUGUUUAGAGUGAUGAUAGCAGGCAAAUCUUUAUAUAGAUAUUUUAUAUUUUGUAGCAUUUCAUCAAUAAUUCCUCAGAUGUUUUAUAUGUAUCGUUUGAGCUUGAACCCUUUAAAACAUCGAUUAUAUCUCAAUGUUUGCAGUGAUUUGUUAGUGUUUUGAUUUUUUUCUGUCCGUAUCACUCGGCAUUCCCGACUCAUUUAAACGCAUCACAACCUUUAACACUUCCUGCCCCACUUAUUUUUGAUAACAUUCAAAGUUUUCAUACAUAUAUGUAAAAAAACAAAAACAUAUCAGACUCGAUGCAUCUGUCCUGUUUUUUCUAGUGUGACUUCUUUUUUGGAGAAAAAAAAAUCUCUGAAUUGAGACUGAAGUGUUUUCUGAAGCCAGAGGAGUUCUGUAGCUGUAACCUGUGAAUUCAGAGCACCCUAUUAAACUUCAAUAAAUCUGAUCUGAUGGACCGGUCC